CUCUAAUAUCAUCACAACAGUCUUACAGCAUAUAUAAACUUGAGCUAUUUCUACUCCUUCAUUUCACUAAUCAAUAAUUUGUAGAAAUCAUGGGUGCCCAGAGCCAUGUACUCGAGAUCACUUCCUCAGUCUCCGCAGAGAAAAUAUUCAAGGGCGUAGUCCUUGAGGUUGAUACAAUUCUCCCCAAGGCCGCCCCUGGAGCUUACAAGAAUGUCGAAAUUAUUGGAGAUGGCGGUGCUGGAACCACUAGAAAUAUCACCCUUCCCGAUGGUGGCCCGGUGACUACAAUGUCCAUCAGAACUGAUGCAGUGAACAAGGAGGCCUUCACACUUGAUUCUACCAUCAUUGGUGGAGACGUCCUUUUGGAAUUCGUAGAAUCCAUUGAAACUCAUCUCGUCGUUGUGCCAACUGCUGACGGAGGUAGCAUUACCAAGACCACUGCCAUUUUCCACACCAAAGGUGAUGCCGUCGUUCCUGAAGAGAACAUCAAGUUUGCAGAUGCUCAAAACACUGCUCUCUUCAAAGCUAUUGAGGCCUACCUUAUUGCUAACUAAUCACCAAUAUGAGCAGACUAAGUUAUGAAGCCUCAGCUUCAUGAAAAUUCGCUUGUGGCAGAUCUGAUUGAGAGUUUUAAUUGGUGUAUUUUAAUUUGUAACUUAAUUUCCCAUUGUAUUUUGAUGUUUUAUGAAACAAAUAAAAUGUAUCGAACAACGUUUUCGAUUGAUA